AUGAACGAUUCAACUUUCUUCGAUAAUCUUACAAUAAGUUAUUGUGACGUGCCUAUAACUGAAGAUGGUAUAGAUACUAUAACGUUUCUAAAUGCUACUCACGAGUCAGUUAAAUUGAUCGAUAUAAUCGGACCUGAAGUUUUUGAAUUUUUUCGAGGUGAAAUGAACAGUAAUAUCAAAAAUCUUAGAGAACGAUUUGAACAUAAUAAAUCGAAAAACAUGACUCUUGAAAAAUUAAUUAAACACGAUGAAUCAGAAUACAAAACAAACAAUAUUCAUUAUUUAGGAUUAUUAACAAGACAAAUUGAAUUUAUUGCCGUUGGUUUACGAAGGUCAAUAAAUGAUCCUAAUGAAGAACUUGCAGUGUCUUUUACUGAAUCAUACAAAAUAACCCUGGAACGACAUCAUAGUAUCGUACUUCGACCCAUAUUUAGGGUUGCCAUAAAAGCAUGUCCGUAUCGUCAUGAGUUUUUCAAAAAACUUGGUAAUGACCAAGAAAAAGUGUAUCAACAAUAUGAAAGUUGGUUAUCUUCUCUUGAAGUAAUUAUUAAGAGACUAAAUGCAUUACCUGAAUUUCAUCGUUAG